AUGCGUGCUCUCUCUUGAUUCCUUUAUAAGCUUCACCACCGUUUCUCUCUUGUCCUCUCCCAGGCCACUCCUCACUUUCCCACCCUUACCAACUCCGUUCCGUUUGUUUCGCACUCUCCAAACAACGGUUUUACGAUUUCUUCAGUUUCAGCUUUCGUAAAUCGAUAGCUCUAUCACGGUGGUUGAUAUGUAAACAUUUUUCCUUUUUUCUCCUUAGAAAGGUGCUUGCCCAAGAGGAAAGAGAAGGAAAUCAGAGCGUUUCGAUUCUCAAAAAUUUGAAGCAAGAUAGAGAAUUUUUUUUGUUCUGUUGAAUAUUGGUGUCUGACUGGUGCUAUAUUCGUAUUCAAAGAGAAUCGAUCGUGAUGGCGUCAGCUCUGAUCUCGAAUCAUCCCGUAACCAACUCUAACUCUGAUCGCUCGAAAAGGAAAAAGAAGAAGAAAUCGCAAGCUCAAUCCCAGGAGAGUCAAAAUCAAGGCCAUGCUAAAUGGAAAACCGAAGCUCAGCGACAAAUCUACUGCUCUAAACUCAUCCAAGCCUUGAGCCAAGUCCGCCUCAACCCUUCUUCUCCUUCGGCUCCGCGCCAAGGCCGCGCCGUUAGAGAAGCCGCUGACAGAGCCCUGGCCGUCUCUGCUAAGGGGAGAACAAGGUGGAGCCGAGCCAUAUUGACUAGCCGAAUCAAGCUCAAGUUCAGGAAGCAACACAAGAGGCAGAGAGUGGUGGCUGCGGCUACUGCCUCGAUGGCAACCGGGACUAGCAGGUCGAAGAAGCCGAGAGUAAGUGUUUUGAGGUUGAAAGGGAAGAGUUUGCCGGCUGUGCAAAGGAAAGUGCGGCUUCUAGGCCGAUUGGUUCCUGGUUGUCGGAAACAACCAUUGCCUGUUAUUCUAGAAGAAGCGACUGAUUAUAUAGCUGCUUUGGAGAUGCAAGUUCGAGCCAUGAGCGCUCUUGCUGAACUGCUCUCUGGAUCCAGCUCAAGUUCCGGCGCCGGCUCUAGUUCUGGGCCAACGAGUUGAUGGCAGUCUCGGCACAGGGCCAGAUUUCAUUACGUGGUUCUUCAAUAUAUUUUUCUUAAUUUUCAUCUUUCCCCCACUUUCUCCUCAGUAAUCUCAUGUUAAAUACUUGUCCUUCUCCUCAUCCUCUUUUCGAUUUUUUCCCUUUUUGUUUCUGAGUAAUUCUAUCUCACAUUACUUUUAUUCUAAAAUUUUUGUGUCCUUUCUUUUGAGUACUUUAGAAGGAAUAAUUGACCAGUGAAAUCUUUCGCUCACAAUCUGUGAACAACUGGUUCGAGCCUUUUUGGGCAAAGACUCCAUUAUUCUGUAGUUGCCUUUGGAGUAUAUUAGUGCAUGAAAUGCUUUGGGGCUAGAUUAGUAUAGAAGCUCUGUUUUGUUCUAUUAUUUGUAUAUACUGCGCAGGCUUUGCUUAAUGGGUUUUAUUUUACCAUCUCAAAA